AUGAAUUGCUUGGUAAAAUUCAAGAUCGAAUCCGUAACUGUUGUAAUAAUUGCGAUACUAAUUGUACCAGAUAUUUAUUGUCAAGAUUGCUUUCCCAAAUCGGAGAAUUGCACAGAAAUAAUCGCUGGUACUUGCUUUCGUGGAUCUGUUUCACCUUUUGAAUCUUUACCGAUUGUGAUAGAAAAGUCUUGCUCUUCUUUGCAAAAUUUUGCUAGCAUCAGUCAAGACAUCGAAGGAAUAGCAAGUGUUUAUUGCAAAGAAAAUUAUCAAAUUUCUCAAAAUGAUCUCGAUCUUUGCGAUUGCCGAAACUCAAAUGCUACUAGAUCUGUUUAUAAUAUCCAGGAUAUGCCGGAUGUAGGUUCAGCAGCUGCAGUGGCUGAUGAACUGCGUAAAUUGCAUGCAUCCAUCUUUCAAUUCAUUGAUCAUCUUCCAUUACUCGGCUUCAGCUUGAAAAUCAACAUGAGUCAAUUGGCAGUUGGUCUGCAAGCGGCCUCUGAUAAACUAACUAGUGUUUCCGAUGAAGAUCCAAGGAAAUUAUUAGCUUUCAGUGAUAUGGAUCAGUUACAGAUACUAAUGAAUAUAACCGCAUCUGGUCUACAAAGCGAAUCAUUAGUUUGUUGUCAAACUGGGGAAUUAGCAAACAAUGCAGUAUGCCCAGAUUCAUUGGGUAAUGAAAAUGUUGACGAAAAAUUUGUGCUUACGAUUUAUUGUAAAUAA